AUGUCUCUCAUUGGGUCCCCCGCUCCCCCCAAGCCGAAGAAGAAGAACAAGAAGAAGCACGUACGAAUAGCGACGGCUACCUUAGUGGCUAAAGUACCUUUUGCGUACGGAGAGCCGGGAGAGGUACGGAAGUACUUGGGCUUUCUUCACCUCACCUUGUCUCGUCGACCACCUUAUCCGCAUUACACUACCUACGUGACUGACUACCUACCUUACUCCGUUCACUACACACCCAUCCCACCUCAGGUUGAUGAGAGAGAAUCCUCCUUCUCCUCCUCUUCCUCCUCCUCUCAUACCUUAGCUAUUCUCAUCCCAUACCAACCCCUCCCCCACCUCGACUACCUACGCAUCCGAACUUCCCCAGCCACCGUCGUCGGACUAGCCAAAGUAGUUGCCGCAACUUGGCCUCCUCCUCUCUCUCUGAUUUGGUCGAGCUGUGUCAUCUUGUCUGGCCCGCUCCCUUCCCUUGAGCCGUCUGCCCUCCUUGCCCUCUACUACAGAGUAAAGACUACGACUACGACAUCUACCUAUUUGCCUGGCCUUGCCGCGCCUUGCCUCGCUCUAGGCUCCAAGAAUACCCUGUCCACUCUCCCAUACUGCGUAUACCUUACCAAACCUGACCUUGCCCUCCUCUCUGCUUCCUUGCCCACCCCUCCGGUGCGCCUCUUCCACUGGGCACUUACUCACUCGCUCUUCGCCAUCCUCUCUGCCGGCCGCCGCUUCGACUCUGAGGUGUAUCAAACAGCAGCCGCAGCCGCCAGCAACAGCAAUAGCACCAGCAACCCAACAGCAGCACCUCACCUCCUCACCUUACCUACCUCACCUCACCAUUUCUCAACACCCGCCGACGCCGAUGCCGACGCCGCCCUCGCCGCUGCCCAGAACGCGACGCCCUUUUCCCCUUCCCACAAAGUACCUCCCCUGUGCCUGUGCCUGUACCAGGAUCCACCCCACCACAAUCCAGAUCUCCGAAGCUUCUCUGCAAGCCCUGCCGCUACCGACCACGCCCACUCCCACGCAACCCUCAACUCGCUGAGACGAACUAGGAAGCUCUGCGCUGCAGCUGCUCGCCGUUUCGUUCAAAAUGUCAAUAAAGUACGUCCCUCCAUGUUCCCUUUCCCUCUUAUGCUCUGCCUCUGUUUCCCCUUCAUCUUCCCGUCAUCCCACGCCGCCCCGAGCCCCAGCACCACGGAGUCAUCCCGGCCAGCGUCCGUGUAUCUGCAAGAGCAGCAUGCCCUUACCAUUGCCCGCACCGUCCAGAGAGAACGACAGCUUGCCCAGGCCCGCCUAGAUUCUGACCAUGGUGAUAGUUGGGUCAUGAUCACCCAGACGGGUGAUAUCAACCCUCUUCCUCACGAACACAUCAGACACAGAUCCAAUGCCAAAGUAAGCCUCGAGCUGUCGGUACCCAAGGCCUUACAGCAAGGAAGGACGCCCUUUGCGCGCAAGAGCGACAAUGGCACGGCAUACAUCACAACACAACGGGUCAUUUACAUUCCUGCAAAACCCACCGCCGAGUUGAAGUCGUUCCAUGCGCCAAUCUUGAACUGCGCCGAUUCCUACGUUGGCUCGCCGUUCUUUGGCGCCUGGUUCUGGUCCGCCACCGUCGUGCCCGUCUCUGGAGGCGGCGUGCCUGCCGACAUACCACGGGUCGAGGUGAAGAUGAGCUUCAAGGAGGGCGGCCACAGCGAGUUCCGGCAAAGGUUCGAGGAGCUCAAGGAACGACUUGAGCAUGUGAGGCGUCUGCAGCAGGAAACGGGACAGACGGUCAACAUUCCGGACGAGCCGCUGCCGGCCUACGAAGCAACCGAGGGCGGCGGAGCAGCUCCGAGCAGCCUGGCGCCGCAACAGCAGCAACAGCAGCAGCAGGAAGAAGCGGCCGGUCGGCCGGCAAGUCCGGGGGGUCAGAAUGCGAACCGGCGUCCGGACGAACCCCCACCGGAUUAUGAUGAGGCGCAAGCACAGACGCUCAGCAUGCGACUCGAGGACCAUGUUCGCGAAGAGUCUGACAGAGCAUAG